AUGUCUUAUUUUCUUGCAGUGGGGAGAGUACCCCUGGAGUGGUACCGCAAUGAGGACCACAUCGGCUAUGAUCUGGACGCCAAUAAGAUUAUGACCAAGAAGAAAGAGGACAGGCUGGAGGCUCUGUUGGCCAGGAACGAUUCUGGCAAGGCACUUCGCACCAUCUACGACGAGUACAAUGAUGAAGACAUCGUGCUCACCAGGCAGGAAUUGGAGCUGGUGCAGCGCAUCCGGGAGGGAAAGUUUCCACAUGUGGAGGUGAACCCCUUCGAGCCAGAGGUGGACUGGUUCACUCGCGACAAGGAGAUCCAUUCCUUGUCACAGGCACCAGAGCCCAAGCGCCGCUUCAUGCCCUCAAAAUGGGAGGAGAAGAAAAUCGUCAAGCUUAUGAGGGCGCUGAGGAAGGGCUGGAUCAAGACGACGGCUGAGCGGGCGGCUGUCCAGCAAGAAGUGGAAGCUUACCUGCUCUGGGAGGAUGACGGCCUCAUAUCAUCCAAGACCCCUCACGGAUUGUCCUACCUCCCGGCAACCAAGACACCUCUGCCUGGCCAUGCAGAAUCCUACAACCCUCCCAAAGAGUACCUGCCCACAGAGGAGGAGCGUAAGGGAUGGGAGAUGGCAGACGAGGAGGACAGGGCUGGGCCGUUGGCGCGCGCAUUCCAAUCGCUGCGGCAGGUGCCGGCGUACGACCGCUUCAUCAACGAGCGCUUCGAGCGCUGCCUGGACCUGUACCUGUGCCCGCGCACGCGCAAGAAGCGCGCCUUCGUCAGCGACGCCAAGAGCCUGGUGCCCCAGCUGCCCAAGCCCCGCGACCUGCAGCCCUUCCCCACCAGCCUCGCCAUGCGCUACCUGGGCCACACUGCCCCGGUGCGGAGCGUGGCAGUGGACGCGAGCGGGCAGUGGCUGGUGUCGGGCUCGGACGACGGCAGCGUGCGGCUGUGGGAGGUGGCCACAGCGCGCUGCAUGCGCACCUGGGAUCUGGGCGCGCGCGUGCACUGCGUCGCCUGGUGCCCCGCCUCCGGCCUGCGCAUCAUCUCCGCCACAGUCGGCAACUCCGUCGUCCUCCUGCCCGCAGGUGCGGGAGCGGAGCAGGAAGCGGCCUCGCUGCAGGCGCUGCAGUCGCCACAGGGUGCCAAGGCAGCGAGCGGCAAAGCGGCGCUGUGCAAGUGGCAGCCGCGGGCGGACGGCGAUGGCCUGGAGCUCGUGCACCAACACCCCGUCAAGCACAUCACCUGGCACGCCCGCGGCGAGUACUUUGCCUCCGGCUAUGGUGGUGCACAGGCGGUGCUGGUGCACCAGCUAUCCAAGCAAUCGUCGCAAAACCCGUUCCGCAAGAACCGCGGCCGUGUGGUGCGCACGGCGUUCCACCCCUCCAAGCCCUUCUUCUUCGUGGCCACGCAGAACCAUGUGCGCAUCUACAACCUUGCCAAGCAGGCCCUCGCCAAGAAGCUGCUGGCCGGCUCCGGCGUUGCCUGUCUCGCCGUCCACCCCUCCGGCGACCACGUUAUCAUCGGCAGCGAGGACAAGCGGCUGGCAUGGUUUGACCUGGACCUGUCCACAAAGCCAUACCGGUCACUGCGGUACCACUCCCAGGCUCUGCGCGGGGUCGCCUUCCAUGCGAGGCACCCCCUCUUUGCCUCCGCCUCCGACGACGGAGCUGUGAAUGUGUUCCAUGGAAUGGUGUACCAGGACCUCUUCACCAAUCCGUUGAUUGUGCCGGUCAAGAUAUUGCGCGGCCAUGAGAUUGUGCAGCACGAGGGCGUCCUGGACUGUGCGUUCCACCCAAGCCAGCCAUGGCUGUUCACUGCGGGCGCUGAUGCCACGCUCUGCCUCUUUACAAAUCAGUAAUAAAUUAAUAAGUUCGUCAUGUUGUGCUGCACAUUCUGCCUAAAAGUCUGAACGCACUAGUGUCAGGUGUCACUUGAGUUCACUUGAAGAGUUAAUAUCUAUAAAUCAGUGUUAGGCAAUCUGUGCCUCUGCUGAUGCAUUUACGGUGAUUGUAAGCUAUCUAUAAGC